CUCUCCUCUGUGUCCCUAAAAAACAAACAAAAGAAAAAAUCAGCAACAACCAUGCUGGUUUUACGCAGGUGUCUCACAUUGAUAGAGUCUCCCAGAGGGGGGCUCCCCGUCAGCCUGUUAUCGCGAUGUUACCGCGCUCGGUUUGCUGUCCUCAGACCAUGUGGGCUCAUCCACUGUCCGGCCAUCAGAACCAGGACCGAUCAGCUGUCGUCACAGGACCGGCGAGUGUUUCGUCAUCUCCUACCCGCUCAUCCCGGCUCUUCCAGGGGACUCUCAUCUUCACCUACUGCCGGUGAAGACGCUGUGGGGAAGAUCCAGUCAAAACAUUAUCAUCUUGUUUACACGUGCAAGGUCUGCUCCACCAGGUCCACGCAGAAGAUCUCUAAGGUCGCCUACCAUAAAGGCGUGGUGAUCGUGACGUGUCCAGGGUGCAGCAACCACCACAUCAUCGCCGACAACCUCAGAUGGUUCUCUGAUCUGGAGGGGAAGAGAAACAUUGAGGAAAUCCUCGCUGCCAAAGGGGAGACAGUGAAGAGGGUGGCAGGAAGUGCCGCUUUGGAGAUAGUUGUGGAAGAAGCGAGCAGAGACGCUUCGCAGAGAGCUGACGCAGAAGAGAAAGAAACUGAGCCUGAAACAACGUGAUUUAACCUAACUGCAUCUGCGCUUUGUAUGUUUAUAUAUUUAAUGCAAUAAAUGCAACUUUUCGUUGUUUUGUGGAUUGA